AUGAAGGGGGCUGCGAAUCGGUUCUGGAGAUCUUCCUUCAUCGCGUUGAUUGUGCUCGUUCAGUUCACCAACGCAAAUGGACUGGUGCCUGUCUUCUACCCAUCCUGGUGUGAUGGUGAUGCCACCGUUUAUGAUGGGAAAUCUGGGAUCCUCACACCUUCACAAGGUGCCUUUCACCUUUUCCCGUGCGUAAAUGAUGAAGCAGACAAGACUUGGUUUGCCAACCAGACCUGUUCAGAAAACGUCAUCAUCCACACGCACAAAAGCAGGUUGGAGCUCUUGUUCUCUUUAGUGCACGACAAUGGCUCCCUGGCAACAUUGACAGCACAGCCAACGUUUGAGGGGAUCCCAUUUGUAGAAGGCUUCAACGGCAAUCUAGUGAUGCAAAACCUGAAUGUCUUAACUGUGCUCAACGGCACACAACGCAAUGGCUGUCUGCAAGGUGGCUCAAGACAGGAGAGCGAUGCCAUCGCUUCUGUGAGUGUUGCAAUGAAUCGAAGUAGAGGCACAUUGGGGGAUCGGUUCUUUGGGCAGGUUAAAGUCACAGCAGUCUUUGGGAAUCUCAGCCGUACAGUGACCAUCGCUGGGCACAGGGGAAGCGGCCGACCUCAUGCCACCACCAGAAUUGCUCCACAGCUUCCUCCAAAUGCAACAGUGUACAUCGACUUCAGCGAGAGAAUUGUUCCUUUGAGGAAUGUGUCGUGUGAUGCAGACAUGGCAUCUCUCCCUGCAGCCAUCAACAUCAGCGAUCUCUUGAACGCAUCGACUGCCUGCAAGAAUCUAGGCCAGGACACCAACCAGGAAUUCGAUGCAAGAAUGGUGAAAGUCAGUGGUCUCAAGGAUUGGGAUGUGUCAUGGAUAGAAAUUGGGAGAACAGCUGUGCUGACAGGUUUUGUUGACGAGGAACAGAGAGCCAGUGCCAGAGUCACCAUUAAUACACAAAGCUAUGCAGAUUUCUCUGGGCGGAAGAACCACCAGGCAGUGGAUACAAUCAAUCAGGGCAUCCAGGAUGGACAGACUGUUGGGCUGAGUUUCUCUUUUCCUACAAAUGUUCGUCGCACAAGGGAGGCUGACGUCGAGGAAUUGUAUCCAUCUGCGGACAAUGCAGGCAAGGCGGUGACAGCAGUCGUUGCAACUGCAGCAGUUGCAUCUGCCGGGGUAACAGCCUUGACUGCUGCUUUCCCACGGCAAGGGAAUCGCAAGCAUGGUGGGUCGGACUGUGCGCUGGGUGCAGGACUGGCACUCCUGUCCAUGGGGCAGAAAUUCUACUUCACAAGCCUCAUGGUCCCCAGGCGCCUCCCAGGAAACUAUAGGGCCAUGGCAUCGAACCUUAAGUGGACGGCAUUCAGCUCAAAGCUCCCAUGGGAGUCAGGAGACGACCAUGAGGUGUCCACCCUACAACCUGGUUCCCAAAUGCUGUCGACGAAUGCAAGUGGUCUGACAGGAUCGAACAGAAGACUGUUGCAGCAGGCAGUGAACAAUGCCUCACAAGAGACCAACAUGACAACAACCUCAUUGAGAUCGAUUGAUGUGUCUGAGGAUCCAUCCAAAGAUGAUCCCCAUGAUGAAGUCCAGCGUACCUUCUUUUGGGUUGCUGUGCUGCUGGCGGCGCUGGUGGUUUUUCAUGCCUUGCCUUACUGGGUGUUGCAUUGGCGCAAGCAGCCGAUUCCAGGGAUCCUCGUGGCCCCCAGAUUGGAGCUGUAUGCAGGGGACUGGGCAAUACCAGCCAUCGCUGCUGCCAGUGGGAUUUUGAUGACAUCGAGCAGUGGUGAUGUUGUGAUUGGGGUUUUCGUCUUUGCUCUGAUACCCUGUACCUACAUCGCCUGGUUGAUGCACACACUUUGGAAAAAUUUUCUCGCGCAUCCAGACGAAAGGGGAGGAAGAUUGACCAAAUUGGAGGAUGAAGAAGAUGGUGGUAGUGUUGGAACGAAGCCCGGUGAUCUGAGUGCACCCAAGCGGGUGGCAACCACCUGUUGUUCUUUGUUCGAAGAAUAUGUUAUGGACCCUAUCUUUGGGCGCAAGGAAGAUGAGGCGACUUGGGUUUCCAACCCUGAUGUAGACCCCCAUUUCGUGGAUCGCUAUGGUCCCAUGUUUGAAGACUAUCGAGGAACCAUGUACACCUCUGAUCUUCCUGCCACCAACAAUGGCACGUCAGCUAAAAGGCUGUUGUUUAGAAGCAUGACUCCCCAGAAUUUCAGGGAAGGUCGCAUACGGCUAGCCACAGGCGUCUUGUCUCUGAUGAAAACGGCCUUCAUCGGUGUGUAUGUCCACGGGGAAGAGGAUCAUGACAGCUUGGCUCAAGUGGUUGUCCUUCUCCUCGCAUCCACGUCUUUCUUCGUGUUCCUGAGAGUCACUCGUCCCAACCUGGUCAGGAAAGACCUGGCGGUCGCCCUGGUGGCAGAGUUCGCAGACAUGGCCUCUUUCACAUUGACUCUCAUCCUUUUCAUACCCGCCAUGGACACCAAGUGGAGGCGUGACGCCAUUGGUGUCUGCAUGGCGGUCAUUCAAGGCGUUGCGUUCCUGGUGAGCUUCUUCGAGAAAUUUGGUCUGAUCUCUGGCAUUGCGACAGAGGCCUGGGAGCCAUUGAAGGAGUGGUGGGCGAGGAGGAGAAAUAGGAAUGCUUAG